GCGCCUGAUUCCUCCCAAUCUUUUCUCAUCUCUUCUCAUCAUCAGCAUCAACAUCUUCAGCUUUUCAGCAGUCUCUUCUCUCUUUCGGUUUUAAUACCUCCUCCGGCAGGAUACUACUCGUUUACACUCCUCUGGCAAGGAGCACCAUCUCAUUCAUCUCUUAACUACUAGUCAAAAUGUCUCUCAAGACCGUCGCUGCUACUGCUAUCCUUGCCGCCGCCAACUUGGUGGCCGGUCACGGUGCCAUCAUCGGCGCUACCGGCGAGCUCGGUGGCACUGGCAUGGCCCUCGGUGUUGAUCUCAGCACUCCUCGUGACGGCACCCGUCGCGAUCCCUUCCAGGCCGACUCCACCCGCUUCAAGGGCGAGGCCGCCGACACCUUCGGCGAGACCGUCGGUGCUGGCACCAACGACCUGGAGACUGGCACCAAGGCCAUCAUGGCCGCCACCGGUGACCAGCUUCCCCAGAUCCGUGCCGGUGGCACCAUCGACAUGACCGUCCACCAGGUCAACGGUGACGGUGGCGGCCCCUACGACUGCAUGAUCAACGGUGAUGCCACUGGCGCCACCUGGACCAACAUCAACGUCCCCGUCACUGUUCCCGGCCAGAACUCCCGCAACCGCGCUGGUGCCAUGACCGACUUCCCCAUCAAGGCCGAGAUCCCCGCUGGCCAGACUUGCACUGGUACCGUCGCUGGACAGAACAACGUCUGCUUGGUCCGUUGCCAGAACGCAGCUCGCGCCGGUCCCUUCGGUGGUGUCGUCCCCGUCCAGAUGGCCGCUGCUGGCAACACCCCCGCCGCUGCUCGCCGCAACCUGGCCCGCGCUGUUGCUGAGUCUGACCGCCAGUUCAAGCGCAUGAUGAAGCGCGCCAUGGAGGCGACCGAUUUCGAGGAUGAGGAGUAAUUUAGUCAUUCCUUUGCACAUAUUCUAAGAUUGAAAGGGUGGAGUGGUCUUCGAGGGAUUACAUGUAACAGUACUGGAUUACUGAUAAUGAGACACGACUGCCUGCUCUAGCUGGAGUAUGGAC